AUGGGGCAGCUCGAUACCCUCGAUCUCGUCGUCCUCGCCGUCCUCCUCGUGGGCAGUGUCGCCUACUUCACAAAGGGGUCAUACUGGGCGGUCGCCAAAGACCCCUACGCCUCGUCGACCACCGCCGUCAAUGGCGCCGCCAAAGCCGCCGCCACGAGGGAUAUCCUCGAGAAGAUGGAGGCGACGGGCAAGAACUGCGUGGUGUUCUACGGCUCGCAGACCGGCACCGCCGAGGACUACGCCUCGCGCCUGGCCAAGGAGGGCGCCCAGCGCUUUGGCCUGAAGACCAUGGUCGCCGACCUGGAGGAUUACGACUACGAGAACCUGGACCGCUUCCCCUCGGACAAGGUGGUGUUUUUCGUGCUGGCCACCUACGGCGAGGGCGAGCCGACCGACAACGCCGUCGAGUUCUACCAGUUCAUCACGGGCGACGACGUCGCCUUUGAGAGCGGCGAGGCCGACCGGCCGUUGGCCGCCCUCAAGUACGUGACCUUUGGCCUGGGAAACAACACCUACGAGCACUACAACGCCAUGGUUCGCAACGUCGACGCCGCGCUCACCAAGAUGGGUGCCACACGCGUCGGCGAUGCCGGCGAGGGCGACGAUGGCGCCGGCACCAUGGAGGAGGACUUUCUGGCCUGGAAGGAGCCCAUGUGGGCGGCUCUCGCCGACUCGCUGGGUCUCCAGGAGCGUGAGGCCAAGUACGAGCCCGUCUUCUCCGUCACCGAGGACGAGGCGUUGACCCCGGCCGACGAGACCGUCUAUCUCGGCGAGCCGACGCACGCCCACCUGCAGGGCCGCCCCAAGGGCCCUUACUCGGCCCACAACCCCUUCAUCGCCCCCAUCGUCGAGUCCCGCGAACUGUUCACCGUCAAGGGCCGCAACUGUCUGCACCUCGAGGUCAGCAUCGCCGGCAGCAACCUCAGCUACCAGACCGGCGACCACAUCGCCGUCUGGCCCACCAACGCCGGCGCCGAGGUCGACCGCUUCCUGCAGGUGUUUGGCCUGGCCGACAAGCGCGACGCCGUCAUCCGCGUCAAGGGGCUCGACGUCACCGCCAAAGUGCCCAUCCCCACCCCGACCACCUACGAUGCCGCCGCCCGCUACUACAUGGAGAUCGCCGCCCCCGUCUCCCGCCAGUUCGUCGCCACCCUGGCCGCCUUCGCCCCGGACGAGGCCACCAGAGCCGAGAUGGUGCGUCUGGGCGCCGACAAGGACUACUUCCACGACAAGCUCUCCACCCACUGCUACACCAUCGCCCAGGCGCUGCAGAGCCUCACCCCCGAGCCCUUCACCACCGUCCCCUUUUCCCUCCUGAUCGAGGGCAUCAACAAGAUCCAGCCGCGCUACUACUCCAUCUCCUCCUCCUCGCUCGUCCAGAAGGAUACCAUCAGCAUCACCGCCGUCGUCGAGUCCCUCCGUCUGCCCGGCGCCAGCCACCUCGUCAAGGGCGUCACCACCAACUACCUGCUCGCCCUCAAGCAGAAGCAGAACGGCGACCCCGCCCCGGACCCGCAUGGCCUCACCUACGCCCUCUCCGGCCCCCGCAACAGGUACGACGGCAUCCAUCUCCCCGUCCAUGUCCGCCACUCCAACUUCAAGCUGCCCUCCGACCCCUCCCGCCCCAUCAUCAUGGUCGGCCCGGGCACCGGCGUCGCCCCCUUCCGCGGCUUCAUCCAGGAGCGCGCCGCUCUGGCCGCCCGUGGCGACAAGGUCGGGCCUACCGUCUUGUUUUUCGGCUGCCGGAACCGCACCGAGGACUUUGUCUACCAGGAUGAGUGGAAGACCUAUCAAGAACAACUGGGCGAUAAUCUGAGAAUCAUCACCGCCUUCUCCCGUGAAGGCCCCUCCAAGGUCUACGUGCAGCACCGUCUGCACGAACACGCCUCCAUGGUCAGCGACCUGCUCAAGCAAAAGGCCGUCUUCUACGUGUGUGGCGACGCCGCCAACAUGGCCCGCGAGGUCAACCUCGUCCUCGGUCGCAUCCUGGCGGAGCAGCGUAACCUGCCCGCCGACAGGGGCGAGGAGCUCGUCAAACACAUGCGCAGUAAUGGCAGCUACCAGGAGGACGUCUGGUCCUAG